AUGGCAGCCCAGGCUCGGACCCCUCGGUCACGGAUCUUAGGCUGCUCCUCCAUGUUGCGCUUUUUCCGAAGCCUGGUGGGGAGUAAGGGCAGUUCUAAGAGCUCUAACAAGACCCUGACCAGGAGCCAGCCCAGCUCUUCACUGGAGCAGGAUGUUGGCUCCCCAAAGAUGGGCCGCCAGGGAGGACGUGGGAGGAAGGAGACCCGGCCCAGGGCCCUCUCUACAGCUUCCUCUAAUGGGAGGAGGGAGUCACGGCCCAAGGUCCUCUCUGCAGCUCCUUCCAACCCAAGGCACGAUGCCUUUGGGCUGGGCACUGGGGAUACAGAGUCCCAGACCCUCAACUCUAAGGAUGUCCUGAAACUAAGGACCCAGGGUGUCGAGGUAACAUCAGUUCCCACCAGAGGAACCUGGGAGGUUCUGGAGCACCUGCCUGAGAAGAAAGGAGAGGAGGAAGAGCCAGCAGGGGAGGUCUCUGGGCCCUCAAACAGAGAGCACUUUGGCCAGGCCCCAGAGGCAGAACAAGGAUGCCUGCAGUGCGUUCCAGGACCACUGGCGCUCACCCCUGGGCCCUUCAUCAAAGAAGAAGAGGACGAACACUGCCCAAUUGAGUUUGGGGACGUCAGGCUGUCCAAUUGCAAGGCGGGGUCCACCCCAUGGAACUAUCUCCUUGGCUUGUACAAGCAACUCCAGAAGUCGGCCAAGGCCAAGGCUCAGAGACCAGGUGCGCCUCAGUUUGCUCUCAAGGAAGGCUCGCCCCACGAGGAGAAAGGGGAGAGAGAAGAAGCGGUGGACGAGGGCAAGUGGUGCGCCCCGCGCGUCUCCACCUACCAGUCGCCGCUGCAGAAGACGUUUAGGUCCACAGAUACAGUGGGUUUCGUGGAGUCGGAGCUGAAGAAGAUUCUGGCAGUGCAACGAGAGGCUCGCCUCUGGAAGGUGGGCAACCCCGAGGGCCGGGAGCUGCUGACCCAGCCAGACAUCACACUGGAGGAGGCUGGCAUGGUGGACGGCCAGCAUCUGCUCCUGGAGGAGAUGGACGAGAUGGGAAACUGGCCCCCUCCAGAGUGAGGCCGGUGCUGGCAGGAGCCCACCGCGCCCACACCCCUGGGACCCCAGUCCGGGCGUGUGCCUCUUCUUGAGACACAUGCAAGGAGUCCCUGGGGCCCCGGGUUUGGGGAUGAGUAACAUGCUGUGUACGUGGUGGGCCUGCCCAGCACCGUCCCUACCUGUCAGACUCCUGCAGAUGAUGUUAUUAAUAAAAGCUUAGUUUGACAUUCA